AUGGAUGUUAAUCAAAUUAGAAAAACUUUUAUUGAGUUCUUUGUAAAUAAAGCUGAGCAUACAUUUGUACCAUCAUCAGCUGUCAUCCCACAUGAUGACCCAACAUUAUUAUUUGCAAAUGCUGGUAUGAAUCAAUUUAAACCAAUUUUUUUAGGUCAAGUUAAUCCAAAAUCAGAACAAGCUAAACUUAAAAGAGCAGUCAACAGCCAAAAAUGUAUUCGUGCUGGUGGUAAACACAACGAUUUAGAUGAUGUCGGUAAAGAUACAUAUCAUCACACUUUCUUUGAAAUGUUAGGUAAUUGGUCAUUUGGUAAUUAUUUCAAGAAGGAAGCUAUUUCAUGGGCUUGGGAAUUAUUAACUGAAGUAUAUGGUUUAGACAAAGAACGUUUAUAUGUUACCUAUUUCCGUGGUGAUCCAGAAAAAGGUUUAGAACCAGAUAACGAAGCUAAAAAUCUUUGGUUACAAUAUCUUCCAGAAGAACGUGUUUUACCAUUCGGUAUGAAAGAAAACUUUUGGGAAAUGGGUGACCAAGGUCCAUGUGGUCCAUGCUCCGAAAUUCAUUAUGACAAAGUACCAGGCCGUAACGGUGCUCCAUUUGUAAAUGCUGAUGAUCCAACUCUUAUCGAAAUUUGGAAUUUGGUUUUCAUUCAAUUCAAUCGUGAAGCCGAUAAAUCAUUAAGACCAUUACCAAAUAAACACGUCGAUACUGGUAUGGGUUUAGAACGUUUAACCUCAAUCAUUCAAAAAGUACCAACCAAUUACGACACUGAUGUCUUUAAACCAAUCUUUGAAGCUAUCCAAGAAGUUACUGGUUACCCAGAACCAUACGGAGGAAAAGUAGGUGCUGAAGAUUCACAACAAGUCGAUAUGGCCUAUCGUGUUAUUGCUGAUCACAUUCGUACUCUCAGUUUUUCAAUUGCUGAUGGUGCUGCUCCAUCAGUCGAUGGUAGAGGUCAAGUACUUCGUAGAAUUCUUCGUCGUGCUGUUCGUUAUGGUAAACAAAAACUCAAUGCUCCAGCAGGCUUUUUCUCAAAAUUAGUUGAUGUUGUUGUUCAAAACUUUGGUGAAUUUUAUCCAGAACUCAGAAAGAAACCAGAACACAUCAGAAUGGUUCUUACUCGUGAAGAAGAUAUGUUUAAUAAGACUCUCGAAAAAGGUAUUCAAGAAUUCGAAAAGAUGAUUAAAAAAACUACCGAUGGUGUCCUCUCUGCUCCAAAUGCUUAUUUCCUUUCAACUGUUUGUGGUUUCCCAAUCGAUUUAACUACAAUUAUGGCCGAAGAAAAGGGUCUCAAAGUAGAUAUUCAAGGUUUUGAAAAAUUAUGUGAAGCCCAAUCAGAAAUCGAUCGUAAACGUCAAAAAGAAAAGAAAACUGAAUUAACUCUUGGUGCCGAAGCCAAUGCCUGGUUAAAGAACAACAAUAUUAAAAUUACCGAUGACUCAUUCAAAUAUCAACAAAAAGAAGUUCAAACUACUGUUAAAGCCAUCUGGAAUGGUAAAGAGUUUGUUGACACUGUACCAAAGGGUCAAUUAUGUGGUAUUGUUUUAGAAUCAACCAAUUUCUAUCCAGAACAAGGUGGUCAAAUUUAUGAUGUUGGUCAAUUAUCUUUUGUUGAUGAUCAAAAGACUGCUUUCGAUGUUAAAGACUGUAAAGUAUUUGGUGGUUAUGUUCUUCAUAUUGGUUAUUUAUCAUACGAAUGCACCGAACUCAAAGUUGGCGAUAAAGUUGAAAGUACUGUCGAUUACACUCGUCGUUCACCAAUUAUGUCAAAUCACACUAGCACCCACAUGGUCAAUUAUGCACUCAAGAGUGUUUUAGGUGAAGGUAUUGAACAACGUGGUUCAUUUGUCGAUGCUUCACGUUUCAGAUUCGAUUUUUCAUUUGGUAGAGCAGUCACUAAAGACGAAUUAGCUAAAAUCGAUCAAAUUGUUAACGAUUUAAUCUUUAAACAAUUAAAUGUUUAUGCUCAAGAAGUUCCAUUAGCCAAAGCUAAAACUAUUAACGGUCUUCGUGCUGUAUUUGGUGAAGUUUAUCCAGAUCCAGUUAGAGUUGUAUCAGUCGGUGUACCAGUUGACCAAUUAAUCGAAAAUCCAACCAAUGCUGAAUGGGCCAACUACUCAAUCGAAUUCUGUGGUGGUACACAUUUAACCAACACUAAACAAGCUGAACUUUUCACCAUUAUCUCUGAAGAAACUCUUGGUGCUGGUGUUAGACGUAUUGUUGCUGUCACUGGUUCAGAAGCCACAGCUGCUCAUGAAUUAAAUAAAGAACUCGAGCUUAGAUUUAACAAAGCUCUUAAACUCACUGGUUCAGAACUUUCAAAAGAAAUUGUUGCUUUACUCGAAACCUUAAAAUCUUCAUGUAUUUCACAAGCUGUUCGUUACAAUUUAGUUGAAGCCAUGAAAGAACUCCAAUCCAUUCAAAGAGUACUUGCUAAAGAAGUUGAAAAUCUUCAAAUUUUAGAAUCAUCAAAAAUUACCGAAAGAAUUAUUCAAGAAUUAACUUCAAAACCAUCAGAAUUAUAUGUUGAUUUAGUUAAUUUAGGUUCAAAUACUACUGUAAUCACCGACACAAUUAAAAAGAUUCAAGCUAAAUCAAAUCAAACUGCAGUUAUGUUAAUUAGUCCAGAUGAAGAAAAAGGUAAAGUUACCUGCAUUGGUAUCGUUCCAAAAGAUUCACCAAUUUCAAAAUCAGUUGCUGCUAAUGUUUGGGUCUCAAAGGUUACCGAAGUUUUAGGUGGUAAAGGUGGUGGUAAAGCUGAAGUUGCUCAAGGUGUUGGUUCAAAACUUGAUAAAAUCGAUGAAGCUAUCCUUGUUGCCAGAGAUUUUGCAAAAUAAAAUUAUAGUAUCAAUUAUUUUAAACAUAUAUAAUAUAUAUAUAUAAAUAAAUAAAUAAAAAAUAAAAAAAAUAUUAAAAU